AUGGCGGCCGGCCAUCCAUCUGAUCCGCCCCUGCAUGCGGCGAUCUUGAGCGGCUCUCGAAAUCGAGCGCCGCGGGGAGAAGGGUCCAGUGGCGACGUGAACCGAAGACGCUUCUCCCUGGGGCUGCCACGUGUAACGCUUUCGAUUGGCCAGCUGCAGAAUGAUGGUCAUCGAGUCGUUGCAGUGGAGUUUGCACUUAUUGUGAUCAUGCUGAGCAACACGAAGAAGCGGCGCUUCUUCGACAGGGUGGAUGAGAUUUACACCCUGCCCAAACGACAGAGUCUGGAACCACCGCCACCCAUAGCCCAAGCCACCACUUCCACAGCACAGACUGAUGUCUCGACUCCUUCCUUGCUCCACCACGACGACGCCGUGUACUUUGUCGCCGUGGGAAGCGACAUGACACGCACGCGGUUGGAUAUUUGGAAAGCGCAAUUGCGCAAACUGGGCGUACAUGUGGACGAGCAGUUCCGUCCGGGCGCAACGACGAUUGCCGUGGCCAGCACGACUCUGACGCGCGAUCGACUGGCCACUGUAUGCCCAGGUAUUGACUCGGUGCGUCGACUGGUGCCCCCCACGUGGGUCAUCCAGCUCCUCCAGACCAAACAAGUGCCUCUUCAGUGCGAAUGGCACGGCGACGACGAAAAAGAGGCCGCAGCAGCGCCGCCUUCAUCACUACCUCCGCCGCCUCCACCUCUCGCCGCCACGGGCGACCAAAGCCCGCCAGAGUCCGAGUUCCAUGAGUGCAGUAGCACUCCCACGGCCACCUUUCGUGAGACCGAACGGAGCCAGGAAGACGACGACGACGACUGGGCGGCGCGGCGCGAGAAGUUCUACGCGACCAACCCGGCCAUGCGCGCCGUCCAUGCCGAGGAGGCCGCGAACCCGCUUAAGAUCAACAUGGAUGCGUUCGUGUGCACCACGUCCUCUGUGUUGAAGUCGAACGUGAAUGCCCACUUGACUGGGCCGUUCGAGCAACUCGUCGAGUAUUUGCACGUCGAGAACGACGAAUGGCGGGAAAACAGCUACAAACGCAUUUGCUCGAUAUUGAAGCAAUUGCCCAAUCGCGUGACCUCGGCCCACAGUUUGCAGCCCCAGCAUGGCUUGAACUCGACAGGCAUUGCCAAAAUCCGAGAGAUCCUCGAGACUGGAACCCUGCGGAAGCUAGAGGCAAAACGGUCUGACCCGAGGUUGCAAGUACUGUUGCAAUUCUCCAACAUAUGGGGCGUCGGGCCAGCCACCGCCACCAACUUGUACAGGGCUGGGUAUCGCACUUUGGACGACCUGCGAGCCAAACAAGAUGAAGUUCUGACCCACAACCAGCGCAUCGGCCUCAAACACUAUGACGACUUUUUGGCCAAGAUUCCAAGGAGCGAAGUCCAGGAAAUUGAAAGUGUAGUCAAGCAACAUGUCCAUUCGUUGCUGCCCAGGGCCGUGGCUAUCACGUGCGGGUCGUACCGACGGGGAAAAUCGCAGUCUGGGGACGUCGAUGUACUAAUAUCUGACCCAACGCAAGACGACUGCAAUAUUAUGCCACGAUUGCUCGCGGAUCUCCACGCGAUCGGCUUUCUCACAGACGACUUGACCACCGUGGAGGAGCAUAAGAUUGGGGGAAGCGAUUCGUACAUGGGCGUGUGUCGUCUGGGAGAGGGCAGGCGGUACCGCCGCAUCGAUAUCAAGGUGUACCCUCGGAACUUGUUUGGGUUUGCGCAGUUGUACUUUACAGGCAGCGACCACUUUAAUCGAAGCAUGCGUGCAUUUGCCAAGAUGAAAGGCUACAGCUUGACAGACAAGGGACUGUACAAGGCAACGCGGUCGAAAGGCGUGAAGAAGCUAAAGCAAGGGCCGAACGUGAUCUGUCGAGAUGAAAAGGAUGUAUUUCUGGCACUCCAACUGCCGUACAAGCGCCCCGACGAAAGGAAUUGCAUGGCGUAGUAAGCUUACUGUAAAGAUGCUCAAACUCCACUAAAUGGGGAGGGAUAAGCCGCCGUGGUUAAUGAUAUUUAGCGUA